AUGGAUUCUACUGAUUACAGCGCGACGACGUCACGGAGGCGGUGCGCAGUGGAAGCCGAUGCGGACGGUAUUGGAGAGGAUCGACGACCCGCCGGACGGCUGCUCCGUCCCCCCCUCGGACCCACCGCUUCGCAGCCCGACGCUGCCUUCGUCGUACUGUGUCAGUAUUCUGCCCUGGUUAAUAAACGCGGUUUGGGUCAUUUUGCCGCCAAUUGCCCAUCUCCACGACGACAUGGGCCUCCAGCUCCACAAGCUCCUAGUCGUGGUCGUUUGCGCGUGUCCCCAAUGGACGCUCCAUCUGUACGUUCGAGUAUGCCCGCGGACAAGCCCUCUGUCCCCUCCUCAACAGCGGCGCCUGAGGGAAGCGUCCCACUGAGCGAUCUUCGGGCUUCUGCCCAACCGACUAACCCUUCGACAGGCAUAAACGAGGGUAUCACAACAGGAGACACCGACACGCCAUCAUCGGUAUCUGUCCCACCAACUUCUCCUGUACGGGCUUCUGCCCAACCGAUUUAUCUUUCUACUACUAACAUCCCUUCGUCGGGUACUCACAUCGCUUCUCCAGGCGAUUCUUCUGACGUAACAGCAGCCGAUCCAGCCCCCGACCUGGGACGUUUAUCGCUUCGUCCCCAGACGGUACAUUCUUCUCCAGAGCCGGUCGUCCAGCAUCCAUCACGUUCGGAACCGUCUCGUGUCCGUUCUCACGAGGAAGCCUUUUCUCGUUUCCGCGACGCUACGUCCGCAGCCAGCUCGGCAGUUUCUUCGAAGAGAGUACGAGCCGAUGUCAACGUGCCGACGGCACCCAGGGGAAUACAAAUUCAUCCAGCACAUUCCCCCGAAUGGGAGGAUACACCUCGCGGCUAUACCAACGAGUUUGCACAUCUACAUCCGUGGGGUCGUUUCGUGGAGCCGAGACCACCUGUACCAGCCAUCACCGAAGAGUCUGUCACUAAGUACAGUAGAGAUCGAACUCCACUCUUCCACUCAUCACCACCAAUCCCUGGUCAACGCCAUACGUCGCUUUCGGAGCAGUAG